AUGGCUUUGGAAUUGGAUGUUGGGACGAGCUUUAUUCCGUCACUAUAUAAACCUCCUUCGCUGCUUCCCAUUGCAAGGCACAAAGAGGCUCUGCUAUACCUUGUGGAGACCUAUCCUGUCACCAUUGUCGUUGGGCAGACUGGAAGCGGGAAAACAACCCAAUUGCCCCAGUAUCUUGACCAGGCAGGAUGGUGCGCAGAUGGAAAGGCUAUCGCAGUGACACAGCCUCGUCGCGUGGCCGCCACGACGGUAGCAGCGAGAGUGGCAGAAGAAAUGCGCUGCAAACUGGGAGAGGAUGUCGGUUACUCCAUUCGUUUUGAGGACCAAACGUCUGCUUCUACAAGAAUCAAAUUCUUAACAGACGGCAUGCUACUUAGAGAAGCCCUUGUAGAUCCUCUUCUUUCGCGGUAUUCCGUAAUCAUGGUCGACGAGGCGCAUGAGAGAUCACUGAGCACUGACAUUUUGUUGGGUAUCCUCAAGAAGAUAAUGAAGCGACGCCCUGAACUCCGAAUCGUGGUCAGCAGUGCAACUUUGCAAGCGGAAGACUUUCUACGUUUCUUUGCUGGUGACGAAUUCCAGCAAAACUCGGAUGGUGAAAUCGGCGGAAGCGUUGGGAGGAUAAUAAGCCUCGAAGGUCGGAUGUAUCCGGUUGAUAUGCUGUUUCUUGAAUCACCAGCGGAAGACUAUGUUGAAAGAAGCGUCAAAACAGUGUUUGACAUCCACCUACAGGAAGGUGAAGGUGAUAUCCUGGUCUUUCUGACCGGUCGAGACGAGAUCGAGACUGCAAUCCAGCUGAUUUCCGAACGCGCCGCAACCCUUCAUCCAAAAGCUCAAGCAUUGCAGCCUCUUCCUCUCUACGCUGGUCUGACAACAGACCAACAGAUGCAUGUCUUUGAACCCGCCGGGGAAAACACGCGAAAGGUGGUUGUGUCAACAAACAUUGCGGAAGCCUCCGUGACUAUCAAUGGCAUCGUGUAUGUCAUUGACUGCGGAUUCGCAAAGCUGAGGGCAUAUAACCCCAGUACGGGGAUUGAAACAUUGACGGCAGUGCCAAUAUCAAAAGCUGCAGCUGUUCAGCGGGCCGGUCGAGCUGGAAGAACCAAGCCCGGAAAGUGUUUCCGUCUUUAUACGCAGCAGGCAUAUGAGCAACUGCCUGAGGCAACUAUACCGGAGAUCCAACGGUCUAAUCUGGCGCCUGUGAUACUGCAGCUCAAAGCUCUGGGAAUAGACAACAUUGUUCGAUUCGACUUCCUAACUUCGCCUCCGGCGGACCUUGUGAUACGUUCAUUCGAGCUUCUAUAUUCACUAGGAGCCGUUGACGACUAUGCCAAACUUACGAAACCCCUGGGAAUGAGGAUGGCUGAGCUCGCCGUUGAGCCCAUGAUGGCGAAAGUGCUCCUGUCGGCAGAGAGCUUUGGCUGUUUGAGUGAGAUUUUGACUAUCGCCGCGAUGGUCAGCCUCCAGGGGGCUGUCUGGGUUCAACAUGACGGGGAUAAAAAAUCGGCAGAGAGCACUCGCAGAAGAUUCGCGGUCGAAGAGGGCGAUCAUCUGACAUAUCUCAACGUCUACCAAGCAUUUGUCACGAAAGGGAAAAAAGACUCAAAAUGGUGUCGAGACAAUCUCCUAAACUACCGAUCAUUGUCACGAGCUGUGAGCAUCAGAGCCCAGCUUAAGCGAUACCUUGAACGCUUCGGUAUCAAAGCCGACGAAACUCUUGCGUCUCAGUCCAGGCCAGUCAAUCUCGCGAAGCCCGCAGAGCAAAUACAGCGGUGUCUCACGACAGGUUACUUCGCCCAUGCAGCGAGAAUGCAGCCGGAUGGGACAUUCAAAACGGUUAGCGGGGGCAUUACCCUCCACGCUCAUCCCAGCUCGUUGAUGUUUAACCGGAAAGCGGACUGGGUCAUCUUCCAUGAAAUAUUGCAGACGGGCGACAAGACGUAUAUUCGAGAUGUCACCAAGAUUGAGAAGAGCUAUCUUCUCGAAUAUGCCCCAAAUUACUAUAAGGUUCAGUGA